CGCUCUUCGAUUUUAGUUCGACUUGAAAAAUAUUCGCUCGAUUUAAAUAAAUACAAGAUCAAAAGAUAUUUUAGUAUGGGUAAAAGUUCCACCGAUACUAAGAGCGAUAGAGCGAGAAGCACCAGUCGCUCUACCUUACCCUUUCACUUCGCGACGCACAAGACUGGCUACCACCUGGAGAGCUGCUGCGGCAUCUGCAACCUGUUCCCAGGAGUGCUGCUUAUUGCUUUCUGCCAGGUGCUGGUGGGUUCGGUGCUUCUGACGCUGCUGCUGACUAACGGCAAGGAGUACGACGAGAUGCAUCAGACACCCAACUCACAGAUGAUGAGCCUGUUGACUGGCGGCGUGCUGAGCGGCGUGACGGGCGCGGGGCUGCUGCUGGUCGCCGUCGCGCUCACGGAGAACUGCCGCGCGAUGCUCAUAUACCUGAUGGUGGCAACGCUGAUCUUCGUGGCGCUGACUUCGCUGUCUCUGGUCAAGAUCGGAAGAGGAUGCUCACGUUUUUAUGAUGCACCAAAAGUGAAGGAUGAGCAGCACAAGAUCGCGAACUUGGCCUGCGUCAGCGGACUCAUGACUUUCUUCGGAGCUGUGCUGUACUUCUUCUCGCUGCUGGUGGUGUUCAGCUUCUACCACUUCCGCUACGUCCGCCGCGCGAUACUGCUGCACGAGGCCGAGUGUGACUGAACCUUAAUAGUUAGUUGUUUG